AUGGACCAUUUAGCAAAUGAAGCUGUAAUUGAAGGUUUAAUACCUGGACAUGUUAUAAUACUUCCAUCAAGUUUCCACGGAAGUCCUAGAGCAAUGCAACAGAAUUAUCAAGAUGCAAUGGCAAUCGUCCAAAAAUAUGGAAAACCCGACUUAUUCAUCACAUUUAUCUGUAAUCCAACAUGGAUAGAAAUCGAAGAACAGCUUUUUCCUGGUCAAACUCCAUUUGAUAGACCUGAUCUAAUUACCCGAGUCUUUAAACUCAAACUUAAUGAACUUAUUGAUGAUAUCUUCAAGAAACAUAUAUUAGGACAAACAAUAGUCAAUGUUUUCGUAAUCAAAUUUCAAAAGCGUGGCUUACCAAAUUGUCACAUUCUUAUUAUUUUAGCCAACGGAGAUAAGCCAAAGGAUGAAAACCACAUUGACCAUAUCGUCUGCAGUGAAAUACCAGAUCCUGUCCAAUUGCCACAAUUAUAUAAAUGUAUGAGAAGGCAUAUGAUUCAUGGACCAUGUGGAACAUUAAACUCACAUUCUCCUUGCAUGGAAGAUGAGAAGUGCUCAAAAGAAUUUCCAAAAGAAUUUCCAAAUGAUACUCUGCCAAAUAAGGAUGGGUAUCCACGAUACCGCAGAAGAGAUAAUGGAAUUACUAUGACUAUUGGCAAGUAUGAAGUUGACAACAGAUGGAUAGUUCCAUAUAAUCCAUAUUUACUAAUGAAAUACAAUGCUCAUAUUAAUAUGGAAAUUUGUACAACUGUGAAAAGUAUCAAAUAUUUAUUUAAAUACAUUUACAAGGGACAUGAUUGUGCAAACAUUAAAUUACAACGACCAGUUCAAGAAGGUGCUGCUGCUGAUCAAGAAACUUUGGAAUGGGAUGAAAUUAAAGUACAUCUUGAUGCAAGAUAUUUAAGCGCACCUGAAGCUGCAUGGAGACCUUUUGAGUUUCCAUUACACGACAAGUCUCAUGCUAUUAUUCGAUUAGCCGUCCAUCUUCCAUUCAGCAGCCGGUUUAUUUUGCUGAAGAAAACGAACGACAAGCACUGGAAAGAGCUGCUACGAAAGACACGACACCUACUGCAUGGUUCAAAUUAA